AUGCCCAGUACCUUUGGCAUCCCCCCGAAGAAUAUCUCGGCAGACCUUGAGCCUUUCAAGCUCCACGUGCCGGAAUAUGAGCUUUUAAGAUUCAAAGAGCUUCUGAGACUCUCUGAAAUUGGGCCAGAAACAUGGUGGAAUGUCCAGAAUGAUCCCCAGGUUGGAAUUUCCCGCAAAUGGCUGGCCGAGACGAAAGAAACCUGGUUGUAUCAUUUCGACUGGCGGAAACAUGAAGACCAGAUCAACAAAUUUCCAAGUUUCAAGACCGUCGUUGAGGAUAAUGAAGCUGGACCGAUCGACAUUCACUUCACUGCUCUCUUUUCCGCCAAAGAGGAUGCCAUUCCGAUGAUUUUUCUGCACGGCUUCCCAUCAUCUUUCAUGGAGUACCUGCCGAUGAUAGAACUACUAGCCGAGAAGUAUACAACUGAAAAUCUACCUUAUCACAUCAUAGUUCCCAGUCUGCCUGAUUAUGGUCUGUCUAGCAGAUCUGCUCUCAACAUGGAGAUGACGGUAGCGACAUCAGCACGAAUAAUGAACAAAUUGAUGCUGAGCCUGGGCUUUGGCAAUGGAUAUGUUGCUCAGGGAGGUGAUCUGGGUAGCAUGAUUGCCCGUGUUAUGUCGGUCAAUCACGAGGAAUGCAAAGCUCUUCAUGUCAAUAUGCUCGUACUGAACCCAGGCGAGAAUCCCACUUCUGAAGCAAGUCCCGACGAAUUGGAAAUCUUGCAACGGUCUGGAGCCUGGAUGAAAACAGGCUUAGCUUAUGCACUCGUACAUGGAACCCGCCCAUCUACAGUUGGGUUAGCUAUAUCUUCAAGCCCGCUUGCAUUAUUGGCAUGGGUCGGCGAGAAACUACUCGAAUGGGUUGAUCCGCGAGAGCCGUUGUCGAUUGAUACUGUGCUAGCCAUGAUCAGCUUCUAUUGGUUUACUCGCACAUUCCCUCGCAGCUUAUACCACGCAGAGCUUGUCAGAAACAUUUCCCAAGGAAAGCCACAUCCGAUCUCGAAACAGAAACCGCUUGGCUAUUCCUUGUUUCCGCAUGAUCUGGCUGUGCUUCCGAAGGCCUGGGCUGAAGAGCUGUACCCGAAUCUCAUAUUAUUCAAAGCCCAUUCAGCUGUGAGUAAUAUUUUGUAA